GUUUAGUAAUAUUGGCUUGGUUAGUGAAAUUGGAAAUUCCACCCCUUUAAACUAGAAUAUAGAUUUGUUACACUCUGCAUUAUGAUAGAUGUGCCUCCAUAUCUUUCACGUUCGUACGGGACAGGAAGCUCCUCUCAUUGCGUUUGCUCCGUUGGGUUUCAUGGAACGCAGUCCAUAUAUUCGAUAAAAUGUCACAACGAAUAAGGAUUCUGCUGUAGGAUUUAAUGGACCCGUCCAUUCUCUUCCUCUGUUGUUUUUGGCUUGCAAGCUCAUUAAUCAUCCUACUCCUGCACCUACAAAUUUUCAAACUUUCCUCCACGUUAGUGCAUUUGGUUCAAUGGACACAGUCGUUUCUUCAGUCUAGAAUGUUGAAAAGUAGGCUAUUGUCUAUGUUCAUUGGUGAAGAAGACAAGAAAUAUAGUUGUCAACAAAGUCGCAGUUUACUUGUCAAAAGUUUUAGCUCCUUGUGGACUUUUCUUAUUUAAAAAUAUGACCAAAUCCCACAUAAGUUUCACUUCAAUGAAGAUUACAGAACCAGUAUGGAUUUUCGAAAGUUGUUCCUGCAUUCUUCUCUUCUAGUCCUCCAUUUCGCAUUUUCUUCUUCCAGAGACACCAUAACUAUAAACCAAACCCUUCAUGAUGGUGACUUUCUGAUCUCUAGAGAAAAUAAUUUUGCAUUAGGAUUCUUUAGCCCCGGAAGUUCCAGUUUUAGAUAUCUUGGAAUCUGGUACCAUAAAGUCCGAGAGCAAACUGUGGUGUGGGUAGCAAAUAGGGAUGAUCCAAUCAAUGGUUCGUCGGGAGUUCUAUCAAUUGACCAAUAUGGAAAUCUCUUUCUCCAUAGCUACCACAACCAGAAAGCUCCUGUGUGGACUGCAAAUGUCUCAGUGGAGGUUACAGAUUAUUGUGUAGCUCAGCUCUUGGAUACAGGAAAUUUGAUUUUGGUCCGCGAUAAAAGUAAAAGUACUGUGUGGGAAAGCUUUGACCAUCCUACGGAUACUAUGCUGCCAGGAAUGAAACUUAGGUUGAACCGAACGACAGGCAUGGACCGGUUCCCGGUAUCUUGGAGAUCAGCAGAUGACCCUGGAACUGGAAACUUCUCACUUCAGAUCAACCCAAAAGGAUCACCACAGGUCUUUAUCUACUGGGGUAUAAAAUAUAUUUGGCGAAGCAUUGCAUGGCCCUUGAAAAGUUAUGCAGAUAUAUCCAAUGUUAGUUUUGUCAAUAAUCAAAAUGAGACAUAUGUGGUCUACUCUGUUUCUGAUGCUUCUGUUAUCCUAAGGGUAAUUUUGGACUAUUCAGGACUUCUUAAGAAACUAAUUUGGCAUGAAAAAGAUGGCAAAUGGAAUGAAUUCUGGUCGGUACCAAAAUCUCCGUGUGAUCCAUAUGGGCAUUGUGGUACCUAUGGAAUAUGUGAUCCUGAAUUUCUUAGUCGAAGAUUUGAAUGUGAUUGUUUACCGGGGUAUGAACGCAAGUCCCCAAGGGACUGGCAUAUUCUAAAAGAUGCAUCAGGGGGGUGUGUCAGGAAGCGGCUAGAGUCUACCUCAUUAUGUGGGCAUGGAGAAGGAUUUGUGAAAGUGGCAAAUGUUAAAGUACCUGACACUUCAGCAGCAGUUUGGGUGAGCACGAAUAUGAGUCCAAGGGACUGUGAAAAGAAUUGCAGCAGGAAUUGUUCAUGCUCUGCAUAUGCAAGCAUAGAUAUUGCUGGGAAGGAGACUGGCUGUUUGACAUGGUAUGGCAAAUUGAUGGACACUGUGCAAAAUAAGGAAGAGGGAUAUGAUAUUUAUGUUCGUGUUGAUGCAGUCGAAUUAGCCGAAAUCGCCCAAAAAUGGAAUGGUUUUCUUAAAAGGAAGGAUAUGUUAGCCAUUUUAGUAAUAUCUGUUGUUUCAGCUUGGUUUGUCAUCAUCUUAUUUACAUAUUUGUGGCUCAAGAAGAAGAAGAAAAGGGUGAGGAACAAAUGGAGCAAAAGAUGGCUUGAUACAAUUGGCAACGCAUACUACAAGGAAACUUCAGUGGAAAAUCAAGUCGAAGGUAGCAUGAGUCAUCCAGAGAUUGCUUUUUUCAAUCUGAGCACUGUACUUGCUGCAACUAACAGUUUCUCUCCAGCUAACAAACUAGGGCAAGGUGGUUUUGGUGCGGUUUAUAAGGGUAAAUUGUCUAAUGGAAAGGAAGUUGCUGUGAAAAGACUUUUGAAAGAUUCAGGGCAAGGAAUAGAUGAAUUUAAAAAUGAAGUGUUGCUGAUUGCAAAACUUCAACAUCAGAAUCUGGUGAAACUCAUAGGAUGCUGCAUUCAGGGAGAGGAACCAAUGCUAGUUUAUGAAUACAUGCCAAACAAAAGCUUGGACUACUUUCUUUUCAAUGAAACAAGAAGGUCAAUCUUGGAUUGGAGAAAACGCUUCGAUAUUAUCGUUGGGAUUGCUCGUGGAAUCUUAUAUAUUCACCAAGAUUCUAGGCUGAGAAUUAUCCAUAGAGAUCUAAAAACUAGCAACAUUCUAUUGGAUGAAGAAAUGAAUCCAAAAAUUUCGGAUUUUGGCCUAGCUAGAAUCUUCAAAGGCGACCAAACUCAUGAGAAGACAAACAGAAUAGUUGGAACAUUUGGGUACAUGUCUCCAGAAUACGUGGUAUUUGGAAAGUUUUCAACGAAAUCUGAUGUCUUUAGUUUUGGCAUCAUAUUAUUAGAGAUCGUUGCAGGGAAAAAGAACAAUAGCUUUUGUCAAGAGGAUUCUUACCCAAGCAUGAUAGGAAAAAUAUGGCAUUUAUGGAGAGAAGAGAGAGCAUGGGAGAUUGUUGAUUCAUUACUAAAGCAUUCUUGUUCUCCUGAUGAAGUAUUGAGAUGCAUCCAAAUUGGGCUCUUAUGUGUGCAAGAAGAUGAAAUGGAAAGACCGACUAUGUCAGCUGUCGUUCUAAUGUUAAAUAGCGAAAUUAGUCUUCCUUCUCCUAAGCAAUCUGCAUUCGCUUUCAGAAAGUCUAAUAUUAUUAGUUCCAGCUCAUUAGAACCAAAAGAAGGAUUUUCUUCUGUGGAUGAGGAGACAAUUACUGAGGUUGUAUGUCGUUGAAAAUCUCUCUCAUCAAUUACAUAAAUUUUUAGUAUAGGGAUUCAAGAUAUGCUUCUUCUGAUAUUAUUAUUAUUUUUUAUUUAGACUUAAUUUGUCAUGAAAUUAAAUCCAAAAUGCAAAUAUAUAUGAAAUUUAUAUAA